CAGAAAGAGAGAGAAAGAAGCGGAAUUCUAGAGAGAGAAAGGAAUUGGAAAAGUAAUGAGCCAAGCACUGAACAGAGACUACCAGGUUUUGGAGGAGAUCGGCCGAGGACGAUUCGGUGUCGUUUACAGGUGCUCUCCGGUGACCAAUUCCGGCGACUUCUUCGCCGUCAAAUCCAUCGACAAGCGGCUGAUCUCCGCUGGCGAUUCGCUCGAUGCGCAAUGCCUGUUUUCUGAGCCGAAGAUCCUCCGGUUUCUCUCCCCUCACCCUCACAUAAUCAACCUCCACGAUCUCUACGAGGACGACGAUUACCUCCACAUGGUCCUCGAUCUCUGCGACGCACCGGAUCUGCACAGCCGCGUCACGCGCCGAGUCUACUCCGAGCCGGAGGCCGCCUCCGUGAUGGCGCAGCUCAUGCAAGCCGUCGCGCAAUGCCACCGGCUCGGCGUCGCGCACCGCGAUAUCAAGCCGGACAACAUUUUGUUCGACGAGCGUAACCGGUUGAGGCUUGCCGACUUCGGAUCGGCAGAGACUUUCAAGGACCGCGGUGAGCCGAUGAGCGGGAUCGUCAGAACACCGUACUACGUGGCGCCGGAGGUGCUCGCCGGGAGGGAGUACUGCGAGAAGGUCGACGUGUGGAGCGCCGGCGUUGUUUUGUACAUAAUGUUGGCCGGUUUCCCGCCGUUUUACGGCGAGUCGGUAGUGGAGAUUUUCGAGGCGGUGCUGAGGGCGAAUCUGAGAUUUCCGUCAAGGGUUUUCCACUCGGUGUCGCCGGCGGCCAAGGAUCUGCUCAGGCGGAUGCUCUGCAAGGAUGUUUCUAGAAGAUUCUCCGCGGAGCAAGUUCUGAGACACCCAUGGAUAACAAGCGGCCGAGGACAAGACGAGCGACUGAUCUAAAUGACUUUUAGAAAAACCAUCAAAACGAAGCGUCGUAUGAGGAUUUUUGUGAAGCGUGCGCUGAUAAAUAAUGUACAUAAGAUCGGAUGCCUUUCUUCUUGAUUUUUGCAGAAAAGCUUUCGUUUUGUUUUGUUUUUUUUUUUUGGUCUGCGUUUGUGAAGAGUGUGUCUAGAAGGUGAAGUAAGAUGGCACUAUAUAGCAGUUUAGCCUAAUGUGUAGAGUAGAGGAAUUUGCUGCUCUUUGAAUUAGAGCGUUUUUUUCUACCUAAAUAUAAAUGAAAUGGAAGACUGGAUCCUUUUUUCCCCUCUAUUUUUGUUUUCUUAUAUGCUAUCUUAUUUUC